CAUCGUUCUGUGACACGACACACGCACACGCAGACGCACAAAGCAUCCAGCAGCACACCAGCUGGUUAAGUUGUCCUCUUCCUGUCCUUCUCCUUCAUUCUCCAGCAGCUCCAGCCUCAAAAACCCAGACUACUGACAUCCCAGCGACUCUUCCGCUCCCAGCCCAGACUUCCUCACACGGCUCGUGACCGUCUGUUUACGCCGGUGGCUGCGGAUUUAUCCUUUCUCCUCGCGGGGAUCUUGUGAGCGGACGUAAUUAUCUGACACUAAACCCGCUUGGACUGCAUUUCACAUCGGCAACUACAGUCUUUUAUUUUCUUGUGGCCUCCCUUUCGAGUACCUGCACCGGUCCGAGUUGAGAAGAGCAACAGCCUCUGGCGGAGCAUCAGUGAGAAAGACAAGUUCUAAACCGGACUGCAGUCAUGGAUGAGAUGGACCUUCCCCAGAUGAAGAAGGAGGUGGAGAGCCUCAAGUACCAGUUGGCUUUCAAAAGAGAGAAGUCCUCCAAAACGGUGACAGAUUUGGUGAAGUGGAUAGAGGACGGCGUCCCGGAGGAUCCCUUUCUGAAUCCUGAGUUAAUGAAGAACAACCCGUGGGUGGAGAAAGGGAAGUGCAUCCUUCUGUAGGAGAACCCAGCAGCCGGUUCCCUUGCAACUUGGCCCGCGGCGCAGGCCUCCGGACCUCCAGAUGCCCCUUGACCCCAGGACUCUGCCACACAACCUCUCACCGUGAAUGUAUAACAGUCCCAAGCGCACGCACCCCGUCGAGGCCACACGAACACACACUUUUUGACCGCCACACUUUUCACGGCAAGUUCAAUACUCGACAAUGAUCAAUACGGCUACUAGAUGUCCCCAUAUACGACAAGCUACUUAUGCAGCCGCAAGGCACAAUGCUUCAUCCCGUCUUUGCAAUGAACAUGCUUUCAUUUGCUCGUGCUUGAUGAGCUAAUGUGCGCUACUAAGCUUUGGCACUGUCAGGCACCGAACUUCGGUGCCUGCAAUGAGAAACACAGUUUGAACUACGUGCCGCUCGCUGAAACUCACUUUUUAUACUCGAAAGUAAACCGAUUCUUUAGUUUGGUGGCUGACAUGAUGCCUUACGGUUGCAAAUGCUCAUUAUUUGCAUCAAUGCUGAAUCAUUCUCUUGGUUCACAGAAAGCAUGAAUAAUAAUUGAAACCCCCCUCAUUUGCUUGAAUUAAUACGCCAUGUGAAGGCUUCAUGAAGAUUGUCGUGUGGACUGUCUACUUCCUUCUACACCUUUUGGGACAUUUGGAAUCCACUUUAGGGUACUUGUAGGAAAGAAAGUACAAGCCUUUUCUACAAACAUGAAUGUGACAGCGUGACUUCCAGUGAUGUUAAGUAAGGCCCAGUUCUAAGUGUGUUGCUUAUUAAUAUUUACUACGAUGUGAAUCACAAUUUCCGCUGGCACACUAUUGGACUGUUCCAAAUGAACACUAAGAGGGAUUGGCAAUUUCAAUGAACUGCAAUAUGUAAGCCACAAGCUCUUGUGGCAGAAUUAGAACACAGCACUUAAAAGUACAAUAUCUCUAUAUCUAUAUAGAGAUAUAUAUAGAUUAGUUGUUUUGCAACUUUACCACUUGUUAUCAAUAGAUUCUGCUCUGACACAAAAGAGCCAAUUUUAAAGCAUAUGAACAGUCCACUCUUUCUUUCGGUGUUGUUUGCAGACAAUAGAAUAGUUGAGCUUCCCCAGGAUACCAAAACGAUCCCACUGCCUGGAAUAGUGACCACCAAAAGCCAAAGCCUUUUCCCAUCACAGGAAGGAACAAAUGUUUACCGUGACAGCAAACGUAGACACGUUUACAGCUUUGAAAGUUAGCAUCCCACAAUAGUUCUGGCUUCAUACAACUUUUAAAGCAUGGGUUUCCUAUUUCACAUUAUACAGUAGAACUGCAUGUUGUCGUUCUUAAGUGUUAUUAGGUCAGAGUGUAUGUUUAUUGUUGCUCGGGUUUUCUCCAGAGUUCAAUGCUCCAUCUGCUCCUUACCUAUAGUCCCGAUGGACAACACAAACCCAAACACAAACUCAGUAUACAAACGCUGUCUCGACAGACAUGUACAGCCAGACCCCUUUCAUUUAUGAAUCGUUGUUUUUUUUCCGCUCCAUUUAUUUAUUGAUGAGGACUUUUUUCUAUGAUGAAUGCUCUCACUUUCCUGUUUGAUUUCCUUUGUCUCCGUUUCCCUCAUAACACCGAAUCGCACGCCGCAAUACCUUGUCAGAUCAACUGCUGCCUUUGACACAAUUUUCUUGUCAGAACGCAAACAUUUGGCGUAAGGUUUGAACAUGACCCUUGACCUCAACGCUGACCCCGGUAUGGAUGUGCGUGCGCUUGUGUGUAUAAUUGCGGCUCAUGUGAGCGUUGACAUGAGACACGGUUGCAGGAAUACAGCUCGGCUGAACAGAUCAACAAAACGCACACGCACGCACGCACACACCGAUUAGUGAGAAUGAUGAAAGAGGAGGACAAGGACGACAUGGGAACCUCACAUCAUCGCAGUACUGUAAUGACUCUCAUUAUCAUCGCUUUUUCUCGAUGACCCAGCUCCCCGAAGGCUGUUCUGUAAUUGGGUGACUUUUGCACAACGAAUUCAUUGCAAAUAUUUAAUUGAAAGUAGUCCAUGAUGUGCUAAUUAAUUGGGAUUUGCCAACUAAUGGAGCACCUACCGUACUGUAAAAAGUGCACCUCCAUGCAAAAGAGGAACACCCGAUCAAAAAGAUACUGGUCCUAUUUAUUCAAUUGUGUGACUAAAAUAAAGGCAAAUGGAGAAAUAAAAUCCUGUACCUAUUUAUUAAACUGUGUGACUAAAAGAAAGACAAAUGGUGGGGGGGGGGGGGGUCCGGUACCUCAAACAGUUCACUGAGAGGUAAUAAUGUUUCAUUUUUAAUUGAAUGUUUUGAUUAGUUUAGCUGUUGAAAACUUGUGUAGCCUAGCUCUACGAUUGGAUGGAACGUUCAAGCGCUGUUUCCCCCCCUCACUGCAUGAAGAGGGACUCAAAGUGGCUUCCGCUGCGCAGAACCUCGGAGCUCCGUGUGGAGCUUUCGAGUCCGAUCUUGAAAUUCUACGUUUGGUCUCUUAUCCGACAUUUGAAUUGAGCAAACAUGUACACGAGCGCUGGAAAAGCAGCAAAUGCGAUUUACUUAACCUGCCCCUCGUUUUAAGUUUCUUCUCUUUGACUACUGUAACUUUUUAGUUUCUUUUCAUAUAUUCAGAACGCCUCUGUGUGUAUGUUACUUCUAUUAUAAUGUCAGAAUUAACUUGUGUCUAACUAGCUAGCCAUAUUCCUUGUGAGAGUGCUUUGGAGUUCCUAUUAUGCAUCAGACUAAGCCCAAGUAUAAAGAUGGCAAGCAAUAAAUUCAUGAUCAUUUUUUUAUUGGAUUUUUGGCAAAAACAUUUCUCUUGUUAAAUAAAGUCGAAGAUUUUGAGAGAG